AUGCCCUGGGGGGUCGGGCUCGCCGCGCCCCGCUCCUGCGUGGCGGACCUGAGCCGCAACCGCAGCCUGGCGCUCGGCUGGUGCGCGGGCCCCGAGGAGCCGCCGCACGCCCUGUAUGGGGGGGACAUCGUCGCCUUCCCGCUGCCCGCCGCCGGCGGCACCAUGGCGGCGCUGGGCUCCGACUCCUGGUGGAAGAAGACGCUGUACCUGACGGGCGGCGCCCUGCUGGCCGCCGCCGCCUACCUGCUCCACGAGCUGCUGGCCAUACGGAAAGAGCAAGAGGUUGAUUCAAAAGAUGCUAUCAUACUGCAUCAAUUUUCAAGGCCUAACAAUGGUGUUCCAAGUUUAUCUCCUUUCUGUCUGAAAAUGGAAACUUACUUAAGGAUGGCUGAUUUACCCUACCAGAACUAUUUUGAUGGAAAACUUUCCCCUCAAGGGAAAAUGCCUUGGAUUGAAUACAAUCACAAAAAGGUGUCUGGCACUGAGUUCAUUAUUGACUUUUUGGAAGAGAAACUUGGAGUGAAUUUAAAUAAAAACCUUGGUCCACAUGAAAGAGCUGUUUCCAGAGCAGUGACAAAAAUGGUGGAGGAGCACUUCUAUUGGACUUUAGCAUAUUGCCAAUGGGUGGAGAAUCUCCAUGAGACACGAAAGAUGAUUUCAGUGUGUGGCCCCUUUAGUGACUUGCUGAAGUGGAUUCUCUGCCAUCUGACAAAAGGGAUUGUGAAACGGGAAAUGUACGGCCAUGGCAUUGGCCGCUUCUCUGAGGAAGAGAUAUACACCCUGAUGGAGAAAGACAUGCGAUCUCUAGCAGGCCUUCUGGGUGACAAGAAAUAUAUUAUGGGACCAAAGCUUUCCACUGUUGAUGCCACUGUCUUUGGACAUCUGGCACAGGCAAUGUGGACACUACCAGGGACUAGACCAGAGAGACUAAUCAAAGGUGAACUGAUUAACCUUGCUAUGUAUUGUGAAAGAAUAAGGAGGAAAUUUUGGCCAGAAUGGCACCAUGAUGAUGAUAAUACUCUGUAUGAAUCUGAGGAAAGCAGUGAAGCAAGCAAGACUCACUCUCCCUUGCAGGACUUCAGCUUUUAUUCAAGGACAGAAACAUUUGAUGAAGAAGGGACAGAGAACAGCAUUUCUCAUACCCCCGACACAGAUUACACUGGACACUCCCUCUUUGAUUCGGAUGUGGACAUGGAUGACUGCCGAGAUCAGGAACAAUGCAAGUGAUGUGUACAAGCAUCUCCCCUUUUGCACACAUGCUGUUUCUUGGGAUCAGUCUGAUAUAUUUUUUUCUCCAGGUUUUAAAGAGGCUUGUACCAUUUUGGAAGAGAUCAUUGUGCUUGAUAUGGCUAUCACAUGCUACCUGGACUAUUUCAACCUUAUUUCAUUUUGUGUAACUGUUCAGAUGGAACCAAGGUAAACAGUUAUUUAAAACACACAUGAGAAAACUGGAGGACUGGAGGGCAAUGGUACUUUUCAAUCUACAUUUUACUCUUAUUGUAAAACGGAUUCCAAAAUCAGGUGGGAGAAUCCUUCAAGAAGUGGAGUAUUUUUAAGAGCUGGUUUGUGUUGAGAUGUUAUCUUUGCAGAAAUGGGCUGAGAACAAAAAGGGAAAAAGAGUUACUGGUACACCCUUCUCCCUUGGAAGUAAAAAAUGAUGCAAUAUGGAU